AUGGGCACGAAGCGGAUAUCCGGAAAAUUUAGGAUAUUCGUUAUUCGAUUCGUUUAAACCGAAUACUUGAUUUUGUGAUUUGCUUUGAUCCAAAAAUUUCCGGAUAUUCGGAAUAUCGAAUAUCCGGAUUUUUUUGUGAUAUUUGCGAAUAUCCGCUUUGAUACUUCUGCACCUAUUAAAACCCUGAAAAGCUAAGCGUUCGCGUAUAAAACUACGAAGAAAAAGAUAAAAUUUGGAAAAAAGAAAUCGUCGGAGGAUUUCAACUUUUUAUUUUUAAGGGAUAUUAAUUUUUAUUUUAUAAUAAAUUUCACUUCACUAAUAAAAACUAUUAAAUUAUGUCACAAACAAAGGUCCGAAAGAUAAAAAAUGAGUUUACAAAAUACAAGUAAAAAUAUAUAUUAUGAUAUAUAUAUAUAUAUAUUUUUUUUAUUUAUCGAAAAUUAUGGAUCGAAGCGGAUAUCCGACUUUUAGAAAAACAAUAUUUGUUAUUUGCUCCGGUUUUUACGAAUACUACGUUUUCCUAUUUGCUUUGCUUCAAAAUUUUACGGAUAUUCGGAUUUUUCGAAUCGAAUCAAAAUGAAUAUCGAAUGGAAGCGGAUCUAACGAAUAUUUUGCCCAGGUCUAGUUUACAUCCACAGAAAACGGAGACACGCGCUCAACUCGCGAGUGGUGAGAGUGGGCGUGAAAUCGCGCGAUGGGUGAGAGAGGGGUGUGACAUGGAGCCAUCUGAUUGGCUAAUAUAAUGAAAAUAGUAGAGAUGUAGCUCCUACCUUCCUAUGAUAAUAUUUAUUACUUCACUUUUUGUUCACAAGAAAGAAGCUAAUGAAUUAUGAAAAUUACUACUUCCGUCAAACAAAAGAUAGUCAGAUGAUUAGAAAAAACUUUUAGACAAAUUUUGAGCUUGUUUGUAUUAUUUGCCAGCUGAGAAUGUAAUUAAGAUUUCUUCAAUCUCAUGAAAGUUGGUGUUUUUAGAUACAAUUGAGACUCUUAUUCUGAGGUUUUUGGGUUCUUUUGAAAUCCUUUGAUGUCACCAAAAAUAUUUUGUGAAUUUUGUAUGCUGGCAAAGUUUCAUUCAACAAUUCUGUGUUCAUAGAGGAUUCAAAAACAACUUUUUGGAAAGUGAUUUUGACAAUACUUUUUUUUAACUCUCUUGAUAACAUCACUUCAUUGACCACUGUGGUUUCAAAAGGGAUUGCUCACACACUGUUUUGUUUUUUUGUAUUUUUUUCAUUGUUACAGCAUCUGAAUAAUCUUCCAUCUCGUUUUAAGAAAACAGAGUUUUUGAUUUCUUCAGUCCUCUGUUCUUGAGAGGUCGCCUGGGUGGUGACUAAUCGCUGAAAUAGCCAACCAUAUACAUUCAGAAAACUGCCAUUAGAAAUCCACAAGGACAACCUAUGACUGCAGCUUUCCAUCAAAACACUGUUUCCUCUUUAUCUUCCUCUGGCUGCUUGGUCUGUGUAGAGCAUGGUUCUUGGAUUUGCAUUCCACAUAGUUUGUUGUUGUUCGCGUAAGUGUUUGGAUCGUUCAAUCUGUCUAGCUGAGGACUCUCAGGGAUUCUACCUGUAAGUUUGUUGUUUUUCAACUCCGAUACAUUCAGCUUGCUGAGCUUGGAAAGUGUCUGCGGGAUUUCGCCUGAGAGGUUGUUGUGUGAAAGGUCUAAGAUCUCUACCUUCUCAAGAUUUCCAAAACUUUGUGGGAUCAAUCCAGAGAUGUCGUUGUAUGAGAGGUUAAAAGCUUUCAGCUUUUGAGAUUGCCUAAAGAAUAUGGAACUUCUCCGAAUAGCUUGUUCUAGGAGAGUUCUAUCAGAGUGUAGAGGUAGAGGUUUCUGUUGGCAAGACCAUGUUUUGAAUUCUUCCAGUUCACUGAUAAGUUGUGUAUUUCGAUAGUGAAGUUGUACUUGAAAGGCAAAGGCGAAGACGAGCUCGGGAGAGAUUAUUUCAUGCUUCUGAGAUUCCCAAGAGAUGAAGGGAGAAAUCCAUCAAGAUUGUUCUCAGAGAGAUCCAAUACCUUGAUCCUGAGAAGUUGUUUUCAGUCAGCAUCAAUGUCAUGACCCAUGUUUCUCCUAACAUAUCAGGAAUCUGACCAGAGAAGUUGUUUCUUGAUAGCGCAAGAACCGAUAAGCUUAUAGACUGAAACAAACUAGGAGGCAAUGAACCUGAGAGUCUGUAGUCUGAAAAAAUUAUGGUUUCGAUUUUUAGAUCAGCCAACCAUUGGGGAAAACUUCCUUCAAGUUUGUUCAUGCUCAGAUCCAGGAAAAGAAGAGCUGUUUGAUUCUUGAGCCAAUCCGGAAUUUUUCCUUCUAAAUCACAAGAUCUAAGUGACAGAUGUGUUAACUUAGACUGUGCAUAGAGAGAGCCAUUCUUGUUCUAUUGGAGUUUGUUUCCUCCUAACCGCAAUAUCUUCAGCUUCUGAAGACCAAACAGCCAUGUGGGAAUCUCACCUGACAAGCCAUUGUUAUUCUCAAGCUCAAGGGUUUCAAGAUUUGUCAGAUUCUGAAUGGACAAUGGAAUUCCACCAGACAACUUGUUCAAGCUCAAAGACAGAGUUGAUAUAUUGACUAACUUGCCAAUACCGUCGGGAAUCUCAAAAGACAAUGAGUUGUUCUGGAGAUCUAAUGUUUCAUGCUUCGUCAACUGUGAUACAGACAAUGGAGUUGUUUGAUGCUCAUUGUCACCUCCAAGACAAGAGGGUCAUGACGAAGCCUCUCAGCUCAUAUCUGCUGCUUUAGCUGUCGGUGUUACCAAUUUCGCAGUCGAUGGAACCUCCGAGCAAAAUUGGGACUUGGUGACAGGGAUGGGAGAGACGUAUCCUUCUGUUGUUCCUUGCUUUGGACUUCAUCCUUGGUAAUGUAGACGUAUCCUUUUCUUUUCUAUGUUUUUGGUUUGCAGGUUUAUUGCUAAUAGAAGCCCUCAUUGGUUUAACACAUUGAAGAAGUUCUUUGAGAACCCUACUGCUGCUGUUGGAGAAAUUGGUUUAGACAAAGGUCCCUUAGCAGGAGGAAUUGAUUACUCGGACCAGCUAGUCGUGUUUCGCCCACAGCUUGAACUUUCAAAAGAACUAAACUAACCAGUAGCAGUUCAUUGCAUCGAUGCAUUCUAUGAUCUCCUAGAGAUAAUGAGAUCCGUAGGGCCUUUUCUUGCUGGUGUGAUUCUUCAUUCAUUCAAUGGUUCAGCUGAAGUUGUUCCUAAACCCAAUUAGCUUGGUGCAUACUUCUCUUUCUCUGGCUGGUUCACUUACAUUGGUGAGAAAAUUGCGAAGAAGACUUUGAAAUCGGUUUAAGAUCAAAGAGACAAAAGAACAAUCGUCUUCUGCUUCUACUGUUGUGUGUUAUUACUUGGAUAAGAAAAACUCAUUCAAUACCAAAAUUAUGUUGUUAUCUGUUGCUUACUUGGUAGAAGUUGUAACAAUGUAUCUUCUUCUUAUUGACUUGUGUAAACCAGUUAUGUUGUUUGAUUUUUUCGAUAGUUUACAUUUUCUCUUUUAAAUCCCCUUUCUGAGGAGA